AUGACUAAACUUUAUUUGUGGGCUCAACAGAAGUCCAAAAUGGCAUCUAUUUUCCCAACAAGCUUGAGGAAUGGGGUUAAAGGGCUUGAUGCCAAUCGGUACGCGACGAAGAAGACUGUCGCGCAAGGAAUGCUGGACAUUGCCCUGUUAACUUCAAAUGCUUCUCAACUGAAAUAUGUGCUUCAAGUUGGUCCUAAGCAUGAAUUCUAUAUGCUACUAGUUGUCCUUAUAUCCAUCUCGAUAGUUUUACAGCUUCUUGUUGGAUUACUAUUCGUUGUAAUUGGCGGUUUGGACCUGAACGACGACAGCGACCAGCCCUCAGCAAUUAUUCUCAACGAUGUCAUAGUUAUAUUUAUAUUUGUAAUAUCGGUUACAAAUAUAGUUAUAUCAGCAUUUGGCAUAGAAUAUUCAAAUAAUCCGCUGAUACUUGAACGGUUGAAAUACAUUAAUAACGAAUAUAUAAGAAAAGGAAAUGUAACAUCUAGUUAA